AUGACUGGUGAACACAAAGUUAUAACUGGACGUGGUGGGGCAGGAAAUGUGGCUAUCCUGAAAGAAGCACCUUCUCCGAAACUCGUACCACAGGGAUCGCAAACACCAGUACUAUUGCAACCAGUCUAUUCUACUGGAAGAGGCGGAGUGGGGAAUAUGCGGCAGAAUGUGGAUCCCAAGUUGACCAGGAAAGCUCAAGAUGUUGAUGGGGACAAUGGAGUGCAGAAUAAUGAGGAUGUAAUCAGUUCCGGUUCGCUAACCAAGAUUAAGUCUAUGCAAUCAGAGAGGACAGGGGGUAGUGGUACUCCAAAGUCAUAUUCUAUCGGUCGCGGUGGAGCAGGUAAUAUCUUAAGUCCUUCUAAUUCAAUGCGUAAGAAGGAUAGUAAGAGGCCGGACAUGUUUGCGAAGUUGAAGAAGAAGCUUUUUGGUUAA